AUGCGCCCCUGCCAGCUCAAGAUAGCGUCGUUAAUCAGUCGUGGCCUGCACCCUGCCCGAUUUACUCCUCGUCCGCAGCGAUAUUUACACAUAACGACCCCGGCAAGUCUACCUCGCAAGCGCACUUUCUUCACCUCCAACGUCUACCUUGCCCAGAACAACGGCGAACCCUCGGCGACGCAUUCGAAGCACGAAAACGAUGAAUCCCUCUUGCCUGCGGUCUCCAAGCGUAAAGUCGCCCGUUCCGCAGGCGCAAAGAACUCGCUUCGCCGAGUAGCGAUUAUAGCUCAACGACCGGCACAGCGAGGCGCAGAAGUCGCACCAGCAGAGUCGGCGGAUGCGCACGCCUCAACGCUGAUCAGUGCUGUAUGUGUCGCCGAGGCUUUCGAUAUGGGUGCAGUGUUGGAUAUCCUUCGGGCGCACGGAUUCGACAUUGAUCCGGAUCAGAGUGGCUUCGAAGCGAGCGAGGUGGUCCACGCCCGAGCCGUCAAUGGCGGAGACAUCUUUGUGUUUCCCUCUGGGACAAUUGUCACGUGGGCUUUGCCUCCUGACGUCGUCACGAAGCAGCUAUUGAGUGCGGCGGAAACGCCGUUGAAGCCAGCGCUCCGGGAAGUUGAGGACCUGGAGUACGUUUCCGACCCGAACAGGGAGACGAGCAGCAUGAAGGGUGAUGUUGUGGUGUUGGGGACGAAGCUUGAGCAACGAGACGGCGACAGACUUGACACAACUCUUGCCAAGAUUGCGUUCUCCUCCGGACUGGCCAGGAGCACAAAACUUGCAGUGUUGGAAAGCGCACUGAUGGCAUACUUUGAGAGCACCAGGAAGAUCCCUUCGGUGUUGUCGAAAGGCUCGGGCCUGCCCCUGAGCAGAAAGUUCAUCUUGCAGAAGACAGGCGAGCUUUUGAGCCUUCGCGCAAGGCUCAAUCACUACUCGGAGCUCACAGACUCCCUUCCCGACAUCUUCUGGGAUAGCCGAUCUGAACUGGGCCUGGAAGGGUACUACGAACAGGUCGGGCGGGCGUUGGAUGUCAAUGUCCGAAUCCGAACGUUGAAUCAGAAGAUGGACUACGCGCAAGAGAUUGCCAGCGUGUUACGAGAGAUGUCGAGUGAGCAGCACAGCACAAGACUAGAGUGGAUCAUCAUCAUUCUCAUUGCUGUCGAGGUUGUCUUUGAGGUGAGGAGGAUUGUGCUAGAGUAUAAGGAAGAAGGAGAAUCCGAGGAGUCGGAAGCAAAACAUAAAGGUGUAUAUGAGACGCCACAGGUGCGAAGCUAG